CUUAAAGGGAGGGUCUGCUUUUCUUCUUCGCCCUUUUUUUCUUUUUUUUUUCUUUUUUUUUUUUUCCAAGCCGGUUUCCAUAGCCAAUAGUCCCGUGUUCCAGGCGCCUGCACCGGAGCUGUUAGGACCACUGAUGUUUAGCAGAUGAUUACCCUGUCACCGUGGCUGGGGUUUUGUUUUAGUUUAUAAAUACCGUUCAUCUGGACCUAGGAAAAAAAAAAAAAAAAAAAAAAAAGAAAAGGCAACCCACCACCAAAACUGGCAACAGUUCAGAGAAGAGAAGCUGCUGAAGUGUUUCUGCUCGUGCUGCCACUGAUGCAAGCAGCUGUUUCCAUCUGCACUGCAGCAUUGCAGCCUCUCCACAGCCAGAGCUCCCGGGGCUCCUUGCCGGUGGAAUUACGGAGGAAGCUGGCCCUGCUCGUGUCUAGCUUGGACCCACGGGCGCGCUGAGGAUGGGAGGGUCGCAGUCCCUGCAGCAGGCACAGACAGGUGGCCUGAUCCGGGAGCCGUCAGAGGCCAUGAGCUCUGACUCUGAAGAAGCCUUUGAGACCCCGGAGUCCACUACACCUGUCAAGGCACCACCUUCACCUCCACAGCCAGCCCCUGAAGCAGCAGCAGCAGCUGUGGUUGUUGCAGACAUAGCAGAGCAAGAAAUAAAACCCCAGCUGCCCUUAGAAGACACAGGAUUAUGCUCAGAAGCUGAACCCAUAACCGAUGUGUCACACAGUGAACCCGUUCAGGAAAGCCCUUUCCGUCCCCCUUGCCAUUCUUUUUCCACCGUCUUCGACGAGGACAAGCCCAUAGCCAGCAGCGGGACUUACAACUUGGACUUUGAUAACAUCGAGUUGGUCGAUUCUCUCCAUGCCUUAGGACCCAGCUCUGCAGAGCCCAAGAGCCGCGACCCCAAAGCAAAUGUGCGACGAAAAUCUACUGAUUCGGUCCCAGUUUCCAAAUCCACGCUGUCUCGAUCCCUCAGCUUGCAAGCCAGUGAUUUUGAUGGAGCGUCUUACCUCGGCAACAGCGAGACGCUAGCGCCGUCAGCAGAUGUGUACGGUACCGGUUCAAGCAGUGCUUCCAGUACCCUUAAGAGAACAAAAAAACCCAGACCAGCUUCCUUAAAAAAGAAGCAGCCAGCCAAAAAACCUCUGGAUGCUCCACUGGUGAAGGAAACACCACAAGAACCUUCUGAGCUCGGCCAAGCAGCUUGUGCCCCGGGUGAGGAGAGAGGAGCAUCUGAGGGCAAGGCUGAGCCGGUGAAGCCCGAAUGUACCGAACCUUCCAAAAUCUCUGCUGAGAGAGAGGAGGCCCCACCUGUGCCUGAAGGAUCUGACUCCUCUUUGGAUCCUGACCGUUUUGAAGGGAUUAGUGCAUUUAGCAGUGGAGGCAGCAAAGUGCAGAACUCCCCCCCUGCCAGCAAGAAAACGCUACCUCUUACAACGGCACCGGAGGUUGGGGAGGUGACUCCGCCGGACACGGGGGGACAGGAGGACCCUCCGGUCAAAGGCGUUGCAGUGAGGCUGGAGUUCGACUAUUCUGAAGAGAAGGGGGUGAGCGAAGACCAGCAGGAGAGCCCCGCCCCUCCCAAAAAAGCGGGUAAAAAGCCAGGUGCUAAAAUGCCGCUGCGGAGGCCAAAGACUAAAAAACCGGUGGAGAAGCUGGACAAUGCUCCCACCACUCCGACCAAGUCCCCCACUGAUCCAAACGAAAUCCCCAUCACGAAAGGCUCUUACACUUUUGACAUUGACAAGUGGGACGAUCCCAAUUUUAACCCCUUCUCAUCUAGUACAAAAAUGCAAGAGUCGCCCAAACUGCCUCAGCAAACGUACAGUUUUGAGCCAGACAUGUGUGAGGACUCCAUCGACCCUUUCAAGUCUUCUCCUAAGAUAGCCAGCUCGCCCUCCAAAUCUCCGGCUUCCUUUGAGAUACCAGCCAGUGCCAACGAAACAAACGGGACAGAAGGAGACAGCCUGAACAAACCUGCGAAAAAGAAGAAGACGCCACUGAAAACGAUGGUAGAAGAUGUGAUGUCUGUAUGUUCUCUGUUUGAUACAUUUAGGGUGAAAAAGUCACCAAAAAGAUCCCCACUAUCAGAUCCUCCUUCUCAGGAUCCCACUCCACUGCCAACUCCAGAAAGUCCUCCCGUCAUCUCCACGGUGGUUCACGCGACGGAUGAGGAGAAACUGGCAUCUUCAGUGACGGGCCAGAAAUGGACCUGCAUGACUGUGGACCUGAACACGGAUAAACAGGAUUACCCACAACCCUCUGACCUGUCCACCUUUGUCAAUGAGACCAAGUUCAGCUCUCCUACAGAGGAAUUGGAAUAUGGCAACUCAUAUGAAAUAGAAUAUAUGGAGAAAAUAGGCUCCUCUGUGCCUCAGGAUGACAGUACCCCGAAGAAACAAUCUUUAUACCUAAUGUUUGAUGCACAGCAGGAGAGCCCAGUCAAAUCACCUCCCCUCAGACUGUCUGAUUCCACAACUCCGUGCUCAGGGUCAAGUUUUGAAGACCCUGAAGCCCAGCAACCCUCUGGAAUGAAAAUCCAACACCCAGCUUCCCGAGUCCUUGCUGCCAGCCAAGAGGCUCACUUGCAGUCAGCUGACAAGUCCAAGCAGAAGGACCUAGAACCCAUGACUCUGGGGCCAACUCCAGAGGCUAUUGAAAUAACAUCUCCUGAAGACUCCUUUGUCUCUGCUGAUGCUCUUCUCAAUAGGAUAUCUAAGAAAACCUCAAUAUGUGAUCAACCUGAAUAUCUAGAUCCUGACUUAGCAGAAAAGAACCCCCCAGUAUUUGCUCAGAAACUUCAGAGAGAACCUGCUAUCCCAGCAGAUGUUUCCAUCUCUAAAAGUGCACUCUACUCCCGGAUCGGCUCCUCGGAUGCAGAAAGCGCCGCCGCUCUUCUCUACCCCCAGCAGGACUUGGACUCGGCACUGCGGCUCGCCAGAGCAGAGAUUGUGGCCAAGGAAAGAGAAGUAUCUGAGUGGAAAGAGAAAUACGAAGAAAGCAGAAGGGAAGUGAUGGAAAUGAGGAAAAUAGUUUCGGAAUACGAGAAGACGAUUGCUCAGAUGAUAGAGGAUGAACAGAGGGAGAAAUCUGUGUCCCACCACACUGUUCAGCAGCUGAUAGUGGAGAAGGAACAAGCUUUGGCAGAUCUGAACUCAGUGGAGAAAUCACUGGCAGAUCUUUUCAGGAGAUACGAAAAGAUGAAGGAAGUGUUGGAGGGGUUUCGGAAGAACGAGGAAGUGUUAAAGAAAUGCGCACAGGAAUAUUUAUCACGAGUGAAGAAGGAAGAGCAGAGGUACCAAGCUCUCAAAAUUCACGCUGAGGAAAAACUGGACAGAGCCAACGCUGAAAUUGCACAAGUGAGAGGCAAAGCUCAGCAGGAGCAGGCAGCGUAUCAAGCCAGCCUCCGUAAGGAGCAGCUGAAAGUGGACGCCUUGGAGAGAACACUGGAACAAAAGAAUAAAGAGAUAGAAGAAUUAACAAAGAUUUGUGAUGAACUGAUUGCCAAAAUGGGGAAAAGCUAACUUUUAACCAAAUUUCUGGACUUCGAUCCUGAGUGCAAUAUGACCAUUGGCACACUGAUGUCCAUACAUUUAUGUGGACAGGUUAUAUUUUCACUUUUUCGUAUGCACUACUGUAUUUUCUUUCUAAAUAAAGUUGAUUUAAUUGUAUGCAGUACUAAGAUGA